AUGGAUGCUUACGCGUACCUAUAUGAACGCGCUUCUCGCCCCUACAACGAGUGCCCUACCCUCUCCUAUCUCGCCGAAGGUUGUACUCUCCUCACGACCACCUACUCGUGGAACAGACGCCUGCGCGAUGUCCUCGCUGAACACAAGUUCACCGGUUACGAGAACGCCAGACUCGCGGCUACCAUCUCGUUCAAGAAGUGCGAGUACCUUCCAUCCAUCCACCAGGAGCUGCGUGACCAUCUGAUGAAACUCAUGGUCUACAUCAUCACGACCAGGGGCUACGACAUCACCUCCGAGGACAACGACGAGCACCAGUACACCAAGCUCUCUGCCAAAAUGGAUGUUCGCGAGCUCAACCUUGUUCUCAAGCCUGCCCUGCGCGGUGUCAAGACCUUCGAUAACGAUGAGAUUGACGAGGAGUUGGCUGAAGUUACUCUCAAUAUCUGGGGUGUGUGGGGCUUCCAGAGAGUCCUUGAACACACUGCUAAACGCUAUGUCCUCAGCUCCAACGGUGAUGGCCAUGCUUACUGGGAUUUGAUCGCUCCUGAAGGCUUGACUGACGCUCCCACCGCCCGAGCUUCCACCGCCCAAGCUCCCACCAGUCAGAACUCUGUCCAGUGCCAAUGGACAAACUGCAACAGCACCUUCAGCGGCGAAGAUGCCAACAAGGAUCUCUUCGAACAUCUGACUGACCACUUCGGCCCUGGUCAGAAGGACAUCGUUUGCGAAUGGAAUGGAUGCACUGCCAAGCCGCAGCGUGAUAAUUUCUACAUGCGCAUCCACGUUCAGAAGCACGCUGGAGUUGAAGGAAUGCUCGAGUGCCAGGGCGGCUGCGGUGAAAAGUUCAACACUGCUUCUACCAGAUCCAAACAUCACCGCACUUGCCCUCAGGCGCUGGCUCGCCGUGGGGACAAUGGAAGAUACGAGUGA